AUGUCGCAGCCAAUGAAAGGCCUGGUGCGGUUUAUCGCAGAUUUGCGAAACGCCCGCGAGCGCGAAGUCGAAGCCAAACGCAUUAACCAGGAACUCGCAAACAUUCGCAACAAAUUCAAGGACACGGGUCUUAGCGGAUACCAAAAGAAAAAAUACAUUUGCAAGCUCAUCUACAUCUAUAUUCUGGGCUACGAGGUCAACUUUGGCCAUCUUGAAUCCAUCUCGCUCAUCUCCUCCAAUACUUACUCCGAGAAGCAGAUUGGCUACCUGGCUGUAUCGGUGCUGCUCAAUGAAAACUCAGACAUGCUUCACCUUGUCAUUAACUCCAUUAAAAAGGAUCUCAGCUCCAUGAAUGAGUAUUUCACAUGUCUUGCUCUUAACUGCAUUGCCACUGUUGGUGGAAGUACCAUCUCAGACGCGCUAGCAGACGACAUAUUUAAGCUUCUCAUUUCUCCCACAUCCCAGGACUUUGUACGCAAGAAAGCUGCACUCACCAUUCUCCGCCUCUAUCGUAGAGACCGCAAAAUUAUCCCACCUUCCCGCGCAGACCGCAUCAUUGCGCAGAUUGACUCCGAUAACUUGGGCGUUGCUACCUCUGUGGCUUCUCUUGUUUCUGAAAUGGUUCAGGAAAAUCCUGACGCUUACAAACUGGCCUAUUCUAAGGUUGUUCGCCGGCUCCAGCAUCUCGUCUUUGAAAAUGGUUGCCCUGAAGAGUACUACUAUUACACUGUCCCAGCCCCUUGGUUUUUUGUUAAACUGUUACGGUUGCUCCAGUUUUUCCCACCCUCAACCGAUGAAACCAUUAAACUUUCUAUCCGCAAAGUCAUUACACAAAUCAUCUCUGCAAACUCCAUUCCAUCAAAAAAUAUUCAACAAAGCAAUGCCCAAAAUGCAGUUCUCUUUGAGGCAAUCGACUUGGCUAUUCAUCUCGACAUGGACCACAACCUCAUGGAGCAAAUUGUUCAGAUCCUGGGGCAGUUUUUAACUUCAAAGGAAACAAACACACGUUAUCUGGCCAUUGGUGCUUUGGCCAAUAUGGCAUCUCGCUACGAACAGGUCCCUAUUUCUUCUCAUUUGAUUACCAUUACCCAAUCUCUUCGUGACCGUGAUAUUUCUGUCCGCAGGAAAGCCAUUGAUCUCCUGUAUUCCAUCUGUAACGCAUCCAAUGUCCGCACAAUUGUCAAUGAACUAUUAAAGUACCUCCAAGCAGCUGACUUUUCUAUUCGUGGUGAAAUGGUCAUCCGCAUCGCCGUGCUUGUGGAAAAGUACGCAACUGAAUACCAAUGGUAUGUCGACAUUUCACUACGCUUGCUGUCGAUUGCCGGGCCCCAUGUAAAUGAUGAAGUUUGGCAGCGCGUCGUCCAAAUCGUCGUCAAUAAUGAAAACCUUCAGGAAUAUUCUGUUAAAACCAUCUUUCAGUACCUCAAGUCAGCAAACUGUAAUGAAAACCUUAUCAAAGUCGGCGGAUACUUGCUUGGCGAGUAUGGAAACCUCAUUUCUACUCAGCAAAACUCUGGGCCACUUGACCAGUUUCUUGCUUUACACGACAAGUUCCCCUCAUGUUCAGCAUUUACCAAGGGCCUUUUGCUCACCACCUACAUCAAGUUUGUUAACCUUUUCCCUGAAAUCAAGCCCCAGCUAGUGCAAGUAUUUGAAUACAAUGCAAAGUCAGUCGACUCGGAACUCCAACAGCGUUCGUAUGAGUACUUGAAAAUGUCAAGCGCCGAGCACAUGAAGCUUUUGCCCAUCAUCUGGGACGAAAUGCCUCCAUUCCCAGAGCGCAGCUCUACCAUGCUAACCCGUCUAAAAACAAAACGCAUCACUAAUACAGAGGGGAAACGCUUAUGGGCUCCUGGAAGCCGCCGGCAAAAGGAACUGCAAGCUGCUGCCGCUACGUCUGCCACGGCCACUGCCGCUGUCGCCAGCACAAACACCCAAAACCUGUUAUUCGAAGAGGCCUCGAAUACGCCAACCACUUCUUCCAUUCCCGUGCUUACACCCUUAGUUUCUACCCCUACAAAGCCCACUCCAACUCCUGCUGAGGAGCUCCUCACAUCAGGUUGGGAACAAAAUUACAAAAAACUCAUUCUCAACCCAGAGGGCAUUUUUUACGAGGACUCCAUGCUGCAGAUUGGUCUACGAUCCGACUACCGACGGCACCUGGGCUGUGUCAUUUUGUACUUUCGCAACAACUCUGGGUCAACACUACAGUCACUUUCUGUUGAAAUUACCAACCAUGAAAACCCCAAGCUCGCUGUUUCUACAAAGAACUUCCCAGACUCUAGCAUUGCUGCCAACAAAACCACCCAGCAGGUCAUUAUGCUUGAAGCCCAUGAGCCUUUCUUAGAAUCCCCCACAGUUAAGAUUACUUACUUGGCUGGUACAUUACAAGUUCUGACGCUUAAGCUUCCUGUAGUACUUGAAAAGUUUAUGCUGCCGACAGAACUUUCCACAGAUGAUUACUUUAAACGCUGGGCACAGAUUGCUGCUACAGGUGGGACUGGACUUGAGUCACAGCUUGUAUUUAAAAACAGAGCAUUUGGUGCCGGCAUUAACGAUGGCCGCAUAAUGGCGGCGUUGCAAUGGUCCCGGAUCGACAACGCAGACCGCAACCCACGCAAUAUUGUGGGCGCGGGUAUUAUCCAUACGUCCAACGGUGGGUCGUUCGGGUGCCUGGUGCGCCUGGAGCCCAAUGAAGAUCAAAGCAUGUACCGGGUGACUGUGCGUGCGACAGAUGCCCGUAUCCCGGCAAUUUUAGCUAAGAACAUUUCUUUAAUGUACCAAUUGUUGUAG